CUCCCCUUCAUACCAGCACUCAGCCCGGCUGACGAGAAAAGAACAGAAGCAGAUGAGUUCUGAAGGCCAGGACUCUACGGCACGUUAUAAAGCUGGUAGGCUUUAUAACAGUUGUCUUUGGCCACAACCACAACACUAUAUAUAUAUAUUUUUAUAAAUUGGGAGACACGAAUACGGAAAGAAGACAAGGAAUUUACACUCAGAUCUUGUAAAUAACAUUUACAUGUAUAUAAGCAGUUAGUUACAAACAUAUAUAUAUAUAUAUAUAUAUGUAUAUACAUCUGUCCAUCUAACCAAUUUUUUUUUCCUUCUGCACACACACUCAUACCUUAUCUACAACAUACCUGAAACGAUAUCUUUUAAACUUGCCAUUGUCACCAGUUGAUGUUUCGAAGAACGUGUUUGAUACAUUAGAAACACAUUUCCAUUCACACACACACACACACAUAACCUCCGCAUAUAUAUAUACUCGUACGCACACACACAUUUUAUAUAUACAACACAAACAAAUUCAGAUAUUUAUUUAAAGCAACAUUGGAGCUAUUUAUCGUUACUAUAUUUUCUAUCAUGGAUUGAUUCACAUUUACUGACUGCUUGUGUUUUCUUCUUUCUAUCUCUCAUGUACACAGACAGAUCGACAUUCACCGGAAAGAAUAUAUAUAUAUAAUAGAAAAUUAUAUCUCAACUGAAACCUUAAGCAGGGGUUUCCUAAUUUAAGAAAACAGAGCUUUUAUUACGUAAGAUCAUAUCUACCUCCUGGUGGUAUAUAUUCAACCGUUACUCAAUCACAAGACUUGAAAAACCCCGAAAAAGACAGGGAGAGAUACUACUGAAAAGGAAUAUGGAAUAUUGAGGUUAAACGGGGCCAGUUAAAUCUGCUUUAGCUAGCCCCCUUUUUAACCCCCACGUGUGGUGGUGAGUGGUGAAGUCUGUCCACAAAACUUCUGGAUUUAUAUACAUAUAUAUAAAUUAUAUAUAUAUAUUGAAACACAUUUACCAUUCUGGAUAUUUAGUUCUUGUACCAACGGCUUUUUGGCGAAAUGGGUAAAAGCGAGAUUAGAAACCGGCUCGCGCGUUAAUGAGUUCAGGUUGCUGAAGAAAAUUGACUUGUUGCCACUGCUACUAGCAACCAAACAUGGACACAGAUUAUAAAACAACUCCAACAAUUUGAAACCCUGACCAACCAAUCCAUUCAUUGGUUUAUUAUGGCAACAGUAAUCGAGUAAAACUAAAAAGGAGGAAAAAAAAACAAAAAAGAAAAGAACCCCUUUUUCUCACAAAAAGAAAAGAAAGGGGUGAGAGAGAGAGAAACAUAACAGAAAUCUGUCCAAAAAGUUCCGAUGUGUUUUAACCGUUGAAGUUAUGGAGACAUCGGAGCUGUCACCACCACACGUAAACCACCCACUUCCACAAUUAAUGUUUAGAACCACAGUGUUCCCAAACAAUAUAAGCAUGAGCCCGAGUCGGAGGCCUGCACGCUGUGCCAAGAUUGAUUAUGACUACACAGUCAUUCCAGCUGUGAUAUGUUCCAUGUGUUUUCUCUUUGGAAUUGUCUACACAUUCUUUGGUUACCGAUUCUUCAAGGCUGUCAUGUUCUUAACUGGUUUCAUCUUUGGCACAGUGGUUGUAUAUAUAGUUUGUAUAGAAGAGACAGUAUUGCCGAAAGAGGCAAACAUUGGCAUUGCAGUGGGUGCCGGCAUAAUCUGCGGACUAAUUACCAUGUUGGUCCAGUAUGUUGGACUUUUUCUGACCGGAUUCCACUUUGGCGUCGGUCUCUCGACCGGAGUGUUGGUCACUGUGGACCAGUUCUAUAACAUUGCCAACAAAUGGAUACCAAUCGGCGUUCUCAUUGGUGUUGGUAUUUUAUUUGCGCUGCUGACUCUCAAGUUCCAAAAGGCAGGCACCAUUGUCGGUACAAGCGUCUUUGGUGCCGCCUUGAUGGCAAUUUGCCUGGACUAUUUUAUAGAAAAAUUCCUGAUCGUGAACUAUGUGUGGGAGUGUAUCAAAGUGGAGGAUUCUGAUCCUCCCUGUUGGUACAGCUGGCUGAUUCUCGGUUGCUGGCCUUUCUGUUUCCUUGUAGGCUCCUUGACCCAGUGGAGAAUAACAGGACAGAGCUCAGACCAUCACGAAAGAGUACAUAGAAAUAAUGUCUCAUCUGCCAAAUAUCGGUCUCCGAGCUCUGAUGAAGUUGAUGUUUUACAGAACAAACGAAGCCGCAAAGUGAACCUACAAAGAAUACGAGCAAAGCAGAAACGAGAACAGCAACAAUCGAGGUACCGACAUCUAUAUCAAGUUCGGCGCUUCAAUGGUGAUGUUAUAUCUCAGAUCCCUAGUGUAUGCAGUGGCACACACCUCAUGGAGAAGGCUACCUUCAAUAGCCCUGAUGACCACUGUUCAACAUCAAGUUCGACUUUAAGAACUACAUACAAAGCAUCCAACACAAGCUGUCUCCUGCCAUGAGGAGUCUGACUACUAUUCACUGCGAACCUGUUGUUGACCUAGAGAGUGCCAAUACUACAUUGACCCAAGUUUCAUGAACACAUUUCAAUGCUGCACUUGCACUAUAAACA